AUGUUGCUUGAACGCAGCAGGAGGAGUGUAUAGUACAGGUGCUGUCUCUACUCUCUAGUCUGUACUGUACCUUCUGUGAGGCUGGGACCCGUGCAGGCCUCCAACAACCAUCGAAAUGGCGAUCCAAAUAUCAAAUCCCCCGGUUCCUUCAAAGCUUCAACAUCCAAGGUCCGAGAUAGCUCACCUGCUGGGAACAAAUAGCUAGAGAACGGCGACACAAGUGUAUUAUACUAGACAGAGUAGAAAAGGAACCCAGGAACCUGUCAGUCUCGUGUUCCCUUUCGUUCCUUCGUCCUGCCUGCAUGCCACAGCACGGCGUCUCCACACCCCUCCUUGUGCUUCGUGUGUGCCUCCCUCCCUAUAAGUACACAGCACUGUCCGACAGACACACCAAGGAACAUCAGUGCUUGUUACCUGUAAGGACACCGCAACUGCUUGCAGGAUGGCCAUGGAGAAGAGUUGGAAGGCGAGGGAUGGCGCUGGUGCUUUCAGCAUUGAGGUGGUGGACGAGGAGGAGGACGCGGUGCCCGCGGUACCGCCGCCGCAGACGCCGCUGGAGCCCAUGGAGUACCUGUCGAGGUCGUGGAGCGUGUCGGCGUCGGAGAUAUCCAAGAUUCUUGUAGGUGGGAGCAAGAAAAGCAGCGCUGCCGCGAGCCGGCUGCCGGAGAUGACCAUACCGGAGGACUCCGUGUUCGCGACGUCCAUCGUUCCUCUUCCGUGUCAUCAACAGCGUAGGGAUGCAAGAAGGAAUUCCAUGAGCAGCAGCCACCACCCUCAAUCGAUCGGCAAGUGGUUCCAACAACACAGGGAAACAUGCCGUGUCAAGCAGAGCGGCAAGGAGAAGCAGCGCGCCGAGAAGGCCCACGUGCACGCCAUGGUGUCCGUGGCCCGGGUCGCCGCGGCGGUCGCUGCCGUCUCAGCGGCCACGAGUUCUGACAUCCAGACGUCUAAGAUGGCUGCAGCCAUGUCGUCAGCCACAGAGCUGUUAGCUUCGCACUGCGUGGAGGCAGCUCAGCACGCGGGGGCGCGCCAUGAGCAGGUAGCCGGCGCCGUGCAGGCCGCGGUUGGCGUCAGGGGCCCCGGUGAUCUGAUGACACUCACGGCAGCUGCAGCAACUGCUCUGCGAGGAGCUGCAACACUGAAGCAGAGAGUGCAGCGAGAAACGAGGAGCAAUGCGAGUGUUCUUCCAUGUGAGAAGGGCCACUCAUGGAGCCCUGAUAUCUGGUGCAAGGAGGGGGAGUUGCUAAAACGCACAAGAAAAGGGGACUUACACAGGACACGAGUAUCUAUCUACAUCAACAAGAGGUCUCAGGUCAUACUGAAGCUGAAAAGCAAACACAUAGGAGGUGCACUAUCAAAAAACAACAAGAGUGUGGUUUACGGCGCAUACAGUGAGCUUCCAACUUGGGCUGAGCCAGGGAAGGACUCCAUGGAGGAGACAUGCUGCUUCGGCCUGAGCACAGCGCAAGGUCUCGUAGAGUUCGAGUGUGAGAGCAGCGCGAGCAAACAGAAGUGGGUGGACGACGUGCAGAACCUGCUUCGUCAGGCUGCUGCAGAUGACCAAGUAGGAAAUAGAAUGGGAUCAGUAAGACUCGGUUAGUGCAGUCCACAUGUGUACAACCAUUUUCAUGGUAGCAGAUUGUAUGUUGUAGAAAGGGCCAUACAUCACCAAUGUAAGAGGUAUCGGGUACAUACUACAUAUGGAUGGUACUAUCGUCAGGGACUUCUAUACUGUACUGCAUACAAAACAAAAUGAUGAGAUACAGAUACAGAACAGAUUAUACG